AUGCGCAAACGCUGCACAUCCCUGGUGCGCAGGGUGGAGGCCAGCUCCAACAGCGUGCUGGGCAUGUUUGCGUCGAGGUUUGACUGGAAAGCAAAAGACGGGGUAGUUUUAUGUUUGUACCGCCUUUUGCUCCUGGCUGGAGUGUAUGCAGCGAGUGUGUCCCACAAGGAUACUUCCAAGUUCAGCAUGGGUUCAAUCAUGGAGGCAGCAUUACCAGCCAUUCACCCGAUAGUGGCUGCAGGGUCUAACAGAUGUGAAGCAUUCAAGAGCUUCUUUGGUCUGACUUACGAGCAAAUGCAAGCCAAAUACGCGUCUACAUUCCAAGACUCUUUGACCAUAGAUCACAUCACCAAAAACGGCAAUAUUAAGUACAACAUAACAGCGUAUAAGCAGUUCAGAAGGUUCCUGGGGACUUCUAGAGAUGUCGUUGUAUUGGUGCACGGGUUCUUGGAGAGUUCCGAUGGAGUGAUGGUGCAGGGUCUUGCGCCGUCGCUGCUGAAGCAACCAGGACUGGUGGUACUGGCCCUGGAUGGACGGAAGGUCAUCAACUUGGAGUACUUCAGGUCGUCGACAUAUGCUCGGUUCAUGGGAGAAAACCUUGGAGCGUUUUUGAGUGAAAUUAUCAAAGAAGGACAAGACCCGGCCAAAAUAACCCUUAUUGGGCAUAGUCUUGGAGCCCACAUUGCCGGCAUCGCUGGUAAAAGAGUCCACCAGCUGACCGGCAAAAUGCUGAGCAGGAUCGCGGGCCUGGACCCCGCGGGACCUUGCUUCAGCAACAUCAGCCUUGAGGGCCGGCUGGACCCCGGGGAUGCGGACUACGUGGAUGUGAUACAUACCAAUGCAGGGAUGCUGGGAUUGCUUGAGCCUGUAGGACGAAAGGAUUUUUACCCAGCAGGCGGUAUGACCCAGCCAGGGUGUUUCUUGUCGACGUGCGACCACAGCAGGGCUUGGCAACUGUUCGCUGAGUCCAUUACAGCACCGAAGCGUUUUCCAGCACGCAAGUGUGGCAACUGGACGAUGUUCAAAAGCGGUCUCUGUUCCAAGAACGAGGUGGCCUUCUUGGGCAUGGGGUCCAAGGCUGGCUCUCCCGGGGUUUAUUACCUGAACACUGGCUCUUCCUCGCCAUACGGAUUAGGCGCUGCCGGUAGUGGGUGA